UACCUACGUUCGGGUGAGAGACGCAAGAGCAGCGUGUACACCCGUACAGAGGAGGAGACACCCGAGCGGUGAGGCGGAGGAAGCUGCGGGGCCGCCAUACUGCCCGGGUACGGAAUUAUCUGCGGAGUGACGUCACACACGCUGGUCAUGUGAUCCAUAAGUUUCUAGUGGUGGCGAUGGACGAUUCUGUUCCUGAAGAACACAAAUCAAUGGCAGUAGGAGCUGGGGAAAACCAGCAUGAUCCUCUCCCACCCCAAGAAGAUGGCCUGGAUCAUGGGAGCAUCAAAGAAGAAGAGGACGAUGAGGUGGUGUCCGGAGGGGAAAGCGGUUCUACGGCCACAGGAGGGAGAGACCCGGAGGUGACAGUAGAGAUCGGCGAGACCUACCUGUGCCGGAGAGCAGACAACACCUGGCAUUCUGCGGAGGUGAUCCAGUCGCGGCUGAAUGAGCAGGAGGGUAGAGAAGAGUUCUAUGUGCACUACGUGGGCUUUAACCGUCGUCUAGACGAAUGGGUGGAUAAGAAUCGCCUGGCGCUGACCAAGACGGCAAAGGACGCAGUUCAGAAGAACACGGACCAAUACUUGAAUGAACUGUCCGAACAGCCGGAGAGGAAAAUCACCAGAAACCAGAAGAGGAAACACGAUGAGAUUAACCAUGUGCAAAAGACAUACGCAGAGAUGGAUCCCACCACAGCCGCCCUGGAGAAGGAGCAUGAGGCGAUCACAAAGGUUAAAUAUGUAGACAAGAUCCACAUUGGCAACUACGAAAUCGACGCAUGGUACUUUUCUCCGUUCCCAGAGGAUUACGGAAAGCAGCCAAAGCUGUGGGUGUGCGAGUAUUGUCUGAAGUACAUGAAGUUCGAGAAGAGUUAUCGCUAUCACCUGGGCCUGUGCCAGUGGCGGCAGCCUCCAGGGAAGGAAAUCUACAGGAAGAACAACAUCUCCGUGUAUGAGGUCGAUGGGAAAGACCACAAAAUCUACUGCCAGAACCUGUGUCUCCUGGCCAAGCUCUUCCUGGACCACAAGACGCUGUACUUCGACGUGGAGCCGUUUGUCUUCUACAUCUUGACUGAAGUGGAUCGGCAGGGAGCGCACAUCGUGGGGUAUUUCUCUAAGGAGAAAGAGUCUCCAGAUGGGAACAACGUGGCUUGUAUCCUGACCCUGCCUCCUUACCAGCGACGCGGCUAUGGAAAGUUCCUCAUUGCGUUCAGUUAUGAACUCUCAAAACUGGAGAACACCGUAGGCUCGCCUGAAAAGCCGCUGUCAGACCUGGGCAAGCUGAGCUACCGCAGCUACUGGUCCUGGGUGCUCCUGGAGAUCCUGCGAGACUUCCGGGGGACGCUCUCCAUCAAGGACCUGAGCCGGAUGACAAGUAUUACACAGAAUGACAUCAUCGGGACACUACAGUCACUGAACAUGGUAAAAUACUGGAAGGGGCAACAUGUCAUCUGUGUCACCCCAAAACUGGUGGAGGAGCACCUUAAGAGUGCACAGUAUAAGAAGCCCCCCAUUACAGUGGACUCCCUGAACCUGAAGUGGACCCCUCCAAAACACAAGUUAAUGAAGGCGUCUAAGAAAUGAGGCGAAGGAAAGUGACGACAAUGGCGGAGGCUGGUGGACUGUUUCCUAUGACCUGGAUGGCGUCUUCAGUGUGAAGGGACAUUCUCCCCGGCAGCGGGGCACAGUAGCUGAUAAUCGGACCGUGGUACCUGUGAUGGUCCUGGGGGAUGGCGUUAUAUAUGUAGACUGUUUAUCAGUCCAAAGGUUUAUGUAAUAAAUGUUUUUGUUUUUUGUAUUUUUGAGUUUGAUAUAUAAAAGUACUGAGCCCUGUGUGAUGAUGGGGGCAGAGGGUACUGGUAUGUAGGAAUA